UAUAUGGCACAAUAACCAAAUGUUGGACAUCCAAUAGUUGAUGAUUAAUAAAUCAAUGUGCUCUAGUAGUGUCGUUAAACAAAACAAACUUUAAAUUGGUCGAAAUAGCACUAACAUGCUACUUGUGUUCUUGAUGGACAGAGACAAAUAUUAAUCAAUAAAAGUGACAAAUCAGAAUUGAGGAUGUGUUAAAAAGUUUAUUUGUGAAAACAAGUGUAAGAAAAGCAAGAGGAUAUACAUAACCAAACAUAGUGACAUCACAUAAUUUAGUACUCUGCAGGUACAGAGAGAAAGUACGUUAUAAAAAAAUGGAUUGAAGAUACAUUAAGACGUCAAACAAAAAGCAAUAUGUCGCAGAAUGCUACUGAAGCUAAUAUCAACAGACCCUUCAUGUGUGGAGUAUGUUCCAAAUGUUUUGAAUACAAGAGCCAUAUUAAGAGACACAUGUUGUCCCAUAGAGAGAAACAUUUCAAGUGUAAAUUGUGUUCAAAAUGUUUCGCAGAUAGUUGCGGCCUGAGAGACCAUGCGCUCAUCAAUUGUAAGUCUGGAAAGAAACCUUUCAAAUGUCUAUUAUGUUCAAAAUAUUUUGUGGACGGUGGCAGCCUGAGAGACCAUGCGCUCAUCCAUUCUGGGGAGAAAACUUUCCAAUGCGAAGUAUGCUCACGGUGUUUCCCCAAGCGGUCAGAACUGACAGAUCACACCAGGGUACACACGGGUACGAAACCCUACGGAUGUGAUGUGUGUCUGAAGAAUUUUGCUCACCGAACCACGCUGAGCCGCCAUAAGCGGAUACACACGGGCGAAAAACCUUUCGUAUGUGAAGUAUGUGGAAAGCGUUUCGCAGACAAGACCACGAAGAAACGCCACACCGUGAUCCACAGUGGAAAGAAAGCUCACCAGUGUAGCAUCUGCACCAUGGGCUUCUCGUCGGGCAACCAUCUGAAAAGCCACAUGAUGGUCCACACUGGUGAAAAACCGUUCAAAUGUGACAAGUGCGCGCUGCGUUUCUCACGGAGAACCAAUCUGAGACAGCAUGCAACUGUGCAUGGUGGCGAGAAACCUUUUAAGUGCGAGGUGUGUUCAAAAGGUUUCAGACGUAAUUGCGACAUGAAGAGACACAGGCAGACGCACACCGGUGAGCGACCUUUCAAAUGCGAGCUAUGUUCAAAAUUUUACACCCAAACAUCCGCGCUUCAGUUUCACGUGCAAACUCAGCACUGACGAGAAAUCGUGAAAUAUGUAAUGUGAUCAAGAUGUUUUUUAACAGUGUGAUUGUUUCAAAACGCAUACCUGUAUGCUCAACCUUUUACCGGUGAACGAAAUAUAUUAUGUGGAGUAUCGGAGUCAUUAUUAGUCCCCUACCGGUCCAACGACGGGGCGAUAUAGGGAUAAUCUGUCUGUCCAUAUGUCCCACAUAUAGUGGUUUUGUUUUUAAUGAUUAUAUAUGUUUUUUUAUGCAAGAUAUUGAGCUGAAUGUUUGUGUAUAGCUUUAUCAUGCUUUUACAGAUCAAGUUAGACUUUCAUGGCGAUUUACUCAUUUGUUAGUUAUGGCUGUUAAACAUUGGCUAUACGAAAAAUUGUUAGGUCCAUUUGGCGACAUGUAUUGCUUUAUUAUACUCUCAAAAGGCUUCUUGUGACUAUUGUGGAAUGUUCAUAUACAUCAAUGGUAAAAAGGCCCGAUUCCGUUAUAAUGAGGUUAUAACGAAAUGUUUUGACCUUAGUGUGGUGUUAAAACAUUUCACAAGCUGUCACCACAGCAAUAUUAUACAUUGGAUGCGAAAAGAGCAUUCAUUUGCAUUUUUAUUUUAUUUGAGAUCCCUAUUGGGCUAUCUCUCAUUCCAGCCAGUGCACCUCAACUAGUAUAGCAAAGGCCGUAUGUUAUGUGCUAUCCUUGUUGUGGGAUAAUGCUCCUAAUGGGAACAUGUAGCAGGUUUUCUCUCCAAGACACUAUGUCAAAAUGACCAAAUGUUCAACAUCCAAUAGCCGAUGAUUAAUAAAUCGAUGUGCUCUAGUGGUGUCAUUAAACAAAAUUACUCCCCCCUC